AUGUCUGAUAAACUACAGAAGCCCACGGCAAAACGGUCACCGCUGAUUUUGGUGACAGACUCGCGUAAUGCUCACACACGCGGACGGUCCGCGCCGUUCGCGGGGUCCAACUUCACACAGCAUGCGAAACAGACCAAGUUCAGCGACAUUUCCGUAUCAAACUUGCUCUCCGAUGUCAGCGAUAUCCCUUCGGCCCAGCGCCGGGUUCCACCGCGUAUGAGUGGCGAGUCACACUCUCCUAGCCGCCCGGCCACCCGUAAAAACAUGCGGGCUAUCCCCAAACUCUCUCAAUCACUUCCGUCCAGAACAUCCAAAACCUCCCAGAAGUUGGUGCUUAUCCCAGACGACGAGCAAGACGUGCAGAUGCAUGACUCCCAUGCGCGCCCCCACGCGACGCAACGGUCGCGCGCGGAGAUGAUGCCCAAGGAGGUGCGUGCACAGGAGUUGUCGCGUGUAACCGCAUACUUGAUCAGCGGCGGCUUCGACCUCGAAAGCACAUCGGCCUUCCUCCAGAACCUCCACGAAACCUCCCCGCGCCUCUAUGACAACGUGCUCUACGUGCCGUACUACCUCCCGUUGCUCCCCGGGCUCGACGGCUACCGCGUGCGCUCGAACAACAGCGUCAAAACACAGCGCGGCAACAUUCUCAUGGAAAACUUUAUUGAUCGUGCGGAAAACGCUGACCACUUGUACGAGUACUACUCCGGGGUCGAAACGCCCGGGGAUAUCAACAACAUCCUUAUGCAUCCGGAGGAGAAUAACGAAAACGGACCAUUUGACCCGUCGGAGCCGCAGUUCUUUGCUCCGAAGUACGUUCCGCCACCGGUAACGAGCGGCUCCCCGACACCGGAUGGCGUGGAUUUCUCCAAGCAUGCGGAGAUGUUCAUCUUCAGCUACGGCGUGGUGGUGUUCUGGAACUUUUCUGAGAUCCACGAGAAGAACAUCUUGGCAGAUUUGGCGUUUGCCAAGGCAACAUCACUCGCGCCAUACAUGGAUGACGAUGGUGAUACGUACGACGACUUUGACUCGUUGCUUGUGAAUCCAAUUUCGGAAAACGAUAUCGAGACCGAGGAGUUUUUCUUCGAGUACGACACGUUGGUGCUGCGCCCGCGCAUUUAUAAUGACAUGAUCACGCUCCGCUCGGGCGAUCACCUUAUCAAGUUGACCAUGUCGCACGCCAUUGCGCAGUCGACUAAGCUUUCAAUGUUCGAGUCGCGCAUGGUUCACACGCUUGCCAGUGUGAGCAAACUACCGAAACGGUUGGCUCUCACAGGCCGACUUGGUAUGAAGCGUGAGCAGUUGUUGAAGAAGUCGGGCAAGUUAUUCAAGUUGCGUGUGGAUGUAAAUCUCUCGUCAAAAAUCCUCGACACGCCCGAGUUCUUUUGGUCGUUUGAACCGUCGUUGCAUCCAUUGUACAACGCUGUAAGAGAUUACUUGGAGAUCGAGGAGCGUGUGUCGGUGAUCAACGACCGAUGCAAGGUGUUUUUGGAGUUUGGAGACAUUAUUACGGAUUCAAUUAACGAGCGGAACUCGUCCAGGAUCACCUGGAUGAUUAUUUUGAUUAUCGCGCUUACGUUGUCGGUGAGUUUGUUCGAGUUAUUCUUAGGGCUAUUCUGA